AAUGUUUUGGAAUCCCAGUCUGGAUUACUUGAGCGCUGUUGUCUCUUAUCCCCCCGCAAGUACAUCAAAUGGCAUUGCCGUUUCCAGGCUAAUUGACACGGGGCUUAGCGGAUGACAGACCCUGACCUAAGUGACUGGUGUGCCGGGGGGUUGUGAAGGGCUGACUGGGGAAGCUGAGCGACGAUGGCGUCCGCCUUGGGGUCCCGGACGCUGAGCAAAGAUGAUGUCAACUACAGGCUGCAUUUCCGCAUGAUCAACGAGCAGCAAGUAGAGGACAUCACUAUCGAGUUCUUCUAUAAGCCACACACGAUUACUUUGCUGACUUUCACCGUGGUCAGCCUGAUGUACUUCGCGUUUACCAGGGAUGAUGCAGACCCUGACAGCAACCUCCGUGUCGGCCUCAUCCUGGUGGUGUCCUUCUUCCUGGUUAUCAGCACCCUCGCCUUCCCAAACGGUCCGUUCACUCGACCUCACCCGGCGAUAUGGCGGAUGGUUUUUGGUCUGAGUGUCCUGUACUUCCUGUUCCUGGUCUUCCUCAUCUUCCUGAACUGGGACCAGGUGAAGACCUUGAUGUACUGGCUGGAUCCCGAUCUGCGCUAUGCCACCCGCGAGGCAGACGUCAUGGAAUAUGCCGUGAACUGUCAUGUGAUCACCUGGGAGCGAAUCCUGAGCCACUUUGAUAUCUUUGCCUUUGGUCACUUCUGGGGCUGGGGCAUGAAGGCUCUGCUCAUUCGCAGCUAUGGCCUCUGCUGGACCAUCAGCAUCACCUGGGAGCUCACCGAGCUAUUCUUCAUGCACCUGCUGCCCAACUUCGCCGAGUGCUGGUGGGACCAGGUGAUUCUAGACAUCCUGCUUUGCAAUGGUGGAGGCAUCUGGCUGGGCAUGACGGUGUGUCGCUUCCUGGAGAUCCGCACGUACCACUGGGCCAGCAUCAAGGACAUCCACACCACCACAGGGAAGUUGAAACGUGCAGUGUUGCAGUUCACACCCGCCAGCUGGACUUACGUGCGAUGGUUUGACCCCAAGUCCUCCUUCCAGAGGGUGGCAGGCAUCUAUCUCUUCAUGAUCGUCUGGCAGCUUACGGAGCUCAACACCUUCUUCCUGAAACACAUCUUCGUAUUCCAAGCGUCUCAUGCCCUUAGCUGGUGCCGCAUCCUCUUCGUUGGGGUCAUCACCGCCCCCACUGUGAGGCAGUAUUACGCAUACCUGACGGACACGCAGUGCAAGCGAGUGGGAACGCAGUGCUGGGUGUUCGGGGCCAUUGCCUUCUUGGAAGCCCUGGUCUGCAUCAAGUUCGGUCAGGACCUGUUCUCCAAAACGCAGAUCCUUUAUGUCAUCCUCUGGCUUCUGUGUGUGGCUUUCAUCACCUUCCUCUGCCUCUAUGGGAUGGUGUGGUACGCGGAGAAAUACGGACCGAAGAGGCCGAAGACCCUGUCAGAGUGUGAAGACAGCAGCUACACUAACUCCUGCGACCAUGCCCCCACCAUCUCCAAGGGCGAUAAAGAGUCUGUGAGCGGUCCACCCUCAUCACGGAAGAGGAAGGGAUCGGGGAAGAAGAAGACCAGCAAUGGCCUGGGGGGCAAGAAGUAGCAGGAGCCUGCAGAUAUAGGGGAGGGAGAAGAGUGACCACAAGUGACAGACCUGCAGCAAGGACAAGGGCUAAUUGUCGUAUUUUUAGGGGAGUGGGCCACCGAAACACAGAAUUGGGCCUUGACCAUACGAACACCUGGGGCCAGUAUUACAGGGUGUCACCCUGCCAACAUUACCGUUCUCUAUCCCCCAUUGUGGGGCUUAAAUAGGGGGAACCCCCACUUCCAGACACACAGGCAACAAUGCACUAACUAAACACCCACCCCCAGGCAGUCAGUCAGCUGGCUUCCCUGUCUGUACUCAUGCAAAUUCUAAAUGCAUCCUGCGCUCUGGCUAAAUAAGGCCUGGAAUGUAAGCAGGAAGCAGCCCCAGCGAGCUGUGUGUGUGACCGGCAUGUUUAUGGGUUACCGUGGUGACAGGACGCCAUCUGUGCACAUGGUGUGUCUGGCUGGCCCAAGGUGGGGGGGGGUUCAGAUCAUUUUGGCCCCCCAGGCCCAUUUCUCGCCAGCCCCUCUCAACAUUCCCCCCCCGUGACAAAUAGACACAUUUUAUUUAAAAAAAUUCUUAACGGUUUAUUUACAGCAAAAAUUUCUGCAGGAUUGUUCACUCUCCUCCUCAUCUGAGCGGUCGUCCCCGUGGCCGUGAUCACGUGGCCUGUCUGUUUUAUCUCUCCCCCACCCCUUAACCCCCCCCUUAAACCUGUGUGUGUGUUUGUCUGUCUAUGAAUAAGCCCUCCCGUGGACUUGAGUGUCCUCACUGCCGCAUUCCCUCUGACCUGGCGAGACUAAUGGCAGGUUAUCAUAAUGUCUGUCUGUCUUUCGCACUUCUGGGCAAAAUCCCUGGGCCUUUCACUCCCCUGGGUGUUGGGGCCACUUUUCUGAGGCCAGAUGUGGAGCCUCAGUCUUUUUGUGGAUGGGGGGGCCCGGCACAGAGAUGCAGUUGGAGCACUUAUGCCCUUUGUCCAUUAGUAGUGCACAUAUGGGACAAAUUUAUCAAACUUUUGCACCAGUAAUAUUCAUACAUUCCCCAGUACUAACAUGUAUGUCCUGUGCAAAUUCAAAAGGAAAAAACUAAGUUUACAGCUUGUUUUUAACCUUAAUUUUUAUUCCAUGUUAAAAAUGGGUAUAAAUUUAGCAAAGUGUAAACUCCCCCCCCCCCCCCCCCCAUUUAUUUUUCAUUUCCUGUGUGGUACGGUUAUCUCAAAGCGAUGUGGGUUUUUUUUUGUUUUUUUUGCAUGGUUAUGUAAUGUUACAGGAUAAAGAGAUUACUAUUUGCAUGUGUUUUUGUAUUAGCAGGUAUCUGUAUGUUAAUCACUAAUGUCUGUCAUGUGAUACAUGUUUUGUGCCUGAUGGGAAGAUGAUGUGUCUUAUGGUUCCCCACACCGUGUGAUCCCCGUUAGUCUUCCCACAUUAUGUGUGAGGUCACCCCGUAUUGUAAUCGCCUUUGCUAUAUUCACAAGAGGCCAUUUUGCUGAGUGGCGCCGGGCAUCACGGACAGGCAGGUGACAUUACCGAGGGCGAACAGGCUGAUUGCCCUCCCAGGCCUCAGCAGUGACGUGUCCCAAGCCUGCACGUGUCCUUUAACUGCCUUGCUCAGUAUGAAGAGAAUGUUAUUCGCAGCUGUGACAAUGUUAGUGUUAUUCCUACAAAGGAUCGAAGCACAGCGAUGAAGUGGUUGGCAUUUAAAUACAGUGAGUGAGAGAGAGACUGAAUGAGAGUGAAUGUAGGACUGUUUGGACAUUAUGCCCUAUGACUGAAGAACAGGGAGCGGAGACCCUUUAAAAAGAUUUCUUUGUAUUUCUGGUAUUUUAACGAGAGACGGCUGCAUUGGAUAUGCAAGUGGCACUAUUUUAUAGGUAGGAAAAAGGACAACAAAAAAACUGUAUGAAAUUAACCAGUAUGUUUGCUGGUGGGCAUUUGUGUAAAAAUACCUGGAGUGUGUACAGAUGCAUUUGUAAUACGUGACCCUGACUUUUGAAUAAAUACUGUAAACACUG